AUGAAUUGGAAGAAGAUAUUCAUAUUAAAUAUUAUCACAACGGAUUCGCUCUACCCCAAGGAUCCGAAGCAAAGAGCUGUGGUGAAUCAACGUCUAUACUUCGAUAUUGGGACACUGAACCAGUCAUUCAUGGACUACUAUUAUCCGAUAUUUCAUUCGAAACCAGCUGAUCCUGAAGCAUUCAAGAAGGUUGAAUCCGCAUUUGAAUUUCUGGAUAUUUUCUUGGAGGGCCAGGAAUUUGUAGCUGGCAAGCAUCUCACUCUGGCUGACAUUUCUAUCUUGGCAACUGUCUCCACCUUUGACAUCUUCCAAUUUGAUAUCAAGAAGUACCCGAAUGUGGACAGAUGGUACACCAACACCAAGAAGGUGACUCCUGGAUGGGAGGAGAACUGGAAGUCGUUGACCGACAUGAAAGCAGCACUCGAUAGCUACCAAAAACAAUCUAAGAAGCAGUAAAAAUGAAAUGUAAAAAACCAUAGAAAAUU